AUGACCGACCUUCAAGCGACGCCGAGGCCCUCGGCAUUUCUAGGAACGCCCUUCUGUCCGCUCUCUCUGGAAGAGUUGUAUGAGUCGAUUCGCGCGGAGAAGGGUCUGAAAAAACAUGAGCAGCCUUCGCUUCCUGCGCUGCUCUCCGCCGCGGCCGCCGCCUCCCGCCGUCACGCCGCUCAGCUCGCCGCGUUUGCGCGUCGCGCGAAACGCGCAGUUUUGGCGAGCCAGCUGCCAGCUGCCCGCCCCGGACCCACAGACAUAAGACAAGGCGCCAGGGCAACGCCAGAGGCGCUCGCAGGCGCACAGGGGCAGCUAGCUGCUGCGCCUGCGGCUCGCCGCGCCGGAGACGACCAAGAGGCGGCAGGCGGGAGUGAAGGAGGAGACCGAGCGAGCGAAGCUGAGCAGGACGCGGAGAGGGCAGAGAAGAGGGCGUUGCUGUUGCAUGAGGGCGCUCGCCGAGCAGAACGCCUCGCCAAUGAGGCUCUUGCUGCAGCUAAAGCCGCAGAAUCGAAUGCGCAAGUUGGCCUCGAACCCGCGACCUUGUGGGCAACCGAUGAGCAGGGGAAGAAGGAGUUCCAUGGAGCGUUCAGGGGCGGCUUUUCCGCCGGGUACAGGAACACCGCAGGCUCGGAAGAAGGAUGGACUUCACAGAGCUUCCGCUCUUCGCGGCAUGACAGACAAAUGAACAGAGAGAAAGUCACGCAGCGGCCCGAAGACUUUAUGGACGAAGAGGACUUCCAGGAGGUCACAACCCGGCGCGCGCCUGUGUGCUCUGCCCUCUCGCAGCCGCCUCUUGGUCGGCUUCAGCCGUCAACGCAGCUUGUUUCCUCCUCUCCUGUGGAGCGAGAUACGGAGGAAGUGGAAGAAGCAGCGCCUGAAGGGCUGCGCGCGGCUGCAGCUGCAAAGGCGAGAGUAGCGAGCGGCCGCGACGGGGCGAUGGAGAUGGCUGAGGAGGGCUUGCAGGAUGACACAGACUUCGCGGGAGGGGCGGCGAGACGCGAGGGGCGCGUCGACGCCUUUUGCCGAGUCACUGGCUGGCUGAAGCACCGCUUCGAGAGGCGCCUGAAGCUACUCAGGAACGCGCUAGAGGCGGAGAGCCGCCGACUCGAAGGCUCGAGAGAGGCAGAGCCGCGGCCUGAGGCGGGGCGGGGGGACAGCGAGCCCAACCGGGUGCUGCAGCGAGGAGAGGCGGACGCCGAAAGACAGCGAGAGGUCGCAGGAAAGAAGGAGAGCGGCCCACAGUUGCCGCCGCACCUCGAGCGACUUCGCCGCCUGCAAAAGAGCGUCGAGGACCUGGGAGAAAGGCGGCGAAAAGAGGCCGAAGCGUGUGCGAGGCAGAUGAAAGACGACGCGGACCUCAGCGAGGGCGCCGCAUGCAGCGCGCGCAUAGGGGACAGAAACGCAGAGCUCUUGAGGGAGAGGAGAAGCGAAGAAGGGGUUGCCAGAGGGAGUUUUUUGGCCGCGAAAACACGAGAACGUGCUUUAGCGCAUUCAGCAGGCGCGGCGAACGCGAGUCAAGCCGGCGAGCAGGGCGGGUCGGCGCGUGACCAAGGGCGAGAGGCGCUUUUUCACAGCGAAGACCGCGAGACAACGGCGCGGCUUCUUCACUUACUCUUGGCGGAGGAAGAGAAGGAAAACAAACGACUCGCGGAUCUCCACAGAGACGCACAAGAGCUUCUGCUCAUCGCUGCCGAAGGCAAAGAGGCGCAGGCUGACCUCCUGAACGCCCCAAUGGGCUCGUUUGCGCAGCCUGAAGAAGGCCGGCGCCGGGCCUGUAGACAGACGAGUCUGAGCUCGAGAGACGCUGAGAGCGACGGAGAGCAACCUCGAGUCUCGCCGCAAGCCCUGGAGAGUUUGUCGGCGUCUUGCCCCGGUUCGUCGACUGGAGGCGCCGUUCAGGUGUUUGGCGGGAGCGUGUUGCAACAGCGCGGCGGAGACGAUGAACUUUUCUUGGUGGUAGACAGCGACGACGAUGGGCAGCGUAUAUUCGAGUCCUCUAACUACCAGUCCCACAAGCACUUCGCCGAGGUCUCUGGAGACGGCGAAGAAAGAGAAGCAGACACGCUGGAGGGUGGUGGAGAAGAGGGAAGCGAAGAAGAGGCUGCCGACUUUGACAUCAGUCGUCUCUUCAAUAUGGAAAAGAAACAGCAAACAGUCAUAAGUGCUUGGUUCAUUCCUCGGUCGCCGCCACCUCGGUUCGACGGCGUGUAUAGACCGCCUCCUCCCCCGUCGUUUUCUUCCUCGGUUCUCUGGGAGCCUCCUUCUGCGCUAGCUUCUCCGGCACGGCCGGGCGUGGCGCAGCUCCCGCCCGCGAGGCGCGCGGCUCUGCUGGAGUCGGGCGAGCAGAUGCGCGCGGAUUCGGCCCCGGAGAGCCCGGACGCGGCGGGCGGCGGGCGCAGUGGCAAAGGCGACGCAGGGCUGGAUCGAGACGGCGCUCGGGAAGGCGCUCGGGAGGGACGCGAGGGGCAACAUGCAGAGAGACGCUCGCGCUGGGAGCGCCGGCGCUCGAGGCGCAGUUGGGGAGUGCUGGCGAGCGAGUACGCGGCCGAAAAGGGAGACGCAGAGCCGGAAAUGCGGCAGCGGGGGGCGCCUUCCGACGCCGUGGAGCCGACGGGCGAUCCUCCGCGGGCUCUUUCGCGCCCGACGCAGCCGCCGGGCCUGCCCCCGCCGUUCGUGUACCCCCGGCCGUCGGGCGCCGCCGCGGUGCCUCCGCCUCUCUCUGCAGCUCCUCUUUCCGCAGCGGUGCCUGCGCCUCCGGGACGCGAGCUGCCGCUGUGGCAAGGCGUGCCAGAGGAAGAAAAGCAGAGAAUUCUGUGUCGGUUGUUCGGAGACGGAGACGAGAAGGCGGGGGGGAGCGCGGCUGCUGGCGCGAGCGCGAGAGAGACAGAGUCCGCCAACAACCGGAAAACCUUCUUCGCGUGGAGCCGCGUGAGGCGAAAACUGCCGCAGUGGACUCGCGAGGGCGAGCUCUACCCGCAGGCGGCGCACCUGGAGCAACACCAGAAGCACCAGCUUCAAAAGAGAAAACAGGAAGAACUCGAGAGGCAGUGGAACGCGCUGCAGAGGCAAAUCCGCGACGUGGGCGCAGACAUCGAAGUGGUUAUCAAAGAAAACCCGGGAAAACGCAUGCGGUGGAAAUUGUUCGUCGAAGAAAGCGAGCGCGAAGAGGCCGCAGCAGAACGCCAGCAAGCAGAAGCGUUUUCUCCGCUCUCUGGGGCGCCGUCUGUGCAGUCUCUCCCUCCGCUCUCGACUUCCCCUCAGCCCGUCUCUGCGUCUCCGCCUGCGUCCGCGCCUGCUCCUUCGUCGGCGCUCUCCGCCGCGGAGGAUGAGAGCGAAGCGAAGGAGUUCCUUGCCUGGCGCCGUCGGCUGGCGCUGCUGCGGGCGCAGCUGCGCGAGACACGCCGGGCGGCGGCGGCAUGCGCGGCGGAGGCGUGGCAGGAAGGCACGUUUGGCGCUUCGCUGGGCGAGCGGGCGUUCGCGGCGGGCUUCCUCGACGACGUCCGCGGAGCCGAGACCCCAUCGGAGAAAGGCCCACCGGCCGAAGCCGGAGGGACAGCGCCGAAGCCGGAGGGACAGCGCCGAAGCCGGAGGGACAGAGCCGAAGCCGGAGGGACAGCGCCGAUGCCGGAGGGACAGCGCUGCGACGGCGCUGCGAGACUCGGGAAGGAGGCGGAGACGACGGUGGCAGAGCGCGCGGAGAGGACAGGCAGGGCCUCGGGCGAUGGGUCGGCCGACUUCCAGAGAAGCGAAGAACGAGGGGAAGAUGAGGGAGAUGCCCAGGGCGGCGGGCUCGAGAGGCCCGACGAGGCCCUAGGCGGUUUCAGGCGGCGAGAGGGGCGGAGACGGCGCGAGACGCACGGAAACGAGGAGGAGGCUGAGGAGAGGGGGAAGCGCAGAAGGCGAGAGGGCGACGGCUGCGAAGAGCGCAAAGACGAGGGAGGCGAGGAAGCGCGCGGGACGCUCACACUGGAGAAAAUGCUGCCGCUGUUGAAGUCGAGGCGAACAACCGCCAACUGGGCGCCGAAUCCAACGCUCUGCCACCGACUAGGGAUUCCGAACCGCUGGGCAAGAAUGCCUUGCGUCGACGAUUGCCAGCCGCAGCAGCUUCCCAAGGGCGGCGACUUCGUCUUCUCAGAGAGUGACAGGGACGAGACGACUUGGUCUUCGCUCGCUGCGUCAUCAAUUGCGCAAGAUCAAACGACGCGCGGAGAGCUGCCGACAAGCUGCGGCGCAUCCACUACUGGGCCUGCGCUGGAGCCUGUCGCAGCUGCGGUAUCUUGGGAGGCAGCCAUGGAGGCGUUUGAUACAGGCGAAACGCGCCCCCCGCUCGCGGAUCUCUUCAAAGCUGUGUUCGACGAAGACCCCAGCGACAGCAGCGAGGAAGACGACUGA